AUGGGCUCGUCGCUCGUCGCCCGCCUCUCGUGGCUGUUGCUUUGCAUUUGGUUGUCUGCUCACCCGCCCUGUGUGGCGUACUGUGCGUCGGCGGUUGCCGGGUCCGUCCGGGCCGAGAUGAGCGCGCCGUUCCACGUGAAAUCAUCUUGCAAGCCCAAUAUGGCUCUCGCUGCUGAAGCCGUCGUGGGUGCGGAGAGGAACCGCCCGAUGGGAGUUGCACCGAUAGAGCGCCAGGACGCAGUAGCCACGGAGGGUGUUUAUGGCCCUUGCCCAGAGGAAGUUGCUGACAUGACCCCGUUGGCGACCCAAUCGCAGCGGUGUCUGCAGUGCAGCGGUCCGAGGGCGUUGCCCGGUUUUGUGAACCCCACACCCCAUGAAGCGACAGGGGAGUGCAUUUGUCCGGCAGGUUUUGGAAUGGUAGAGCAAGAGGGCACACAGCGUUGGGUGUCUCCAACGGGUGCUCAUCGUGGUCCUAAAGGUUGCACCAGUUGUGUGUCGCCAUGCAUGCUGGAAGAGAAUGGAGAAGGUGGCUGUGUAAGCGGGUACACGACAUUGUAUGAUGGAUCCUGUGUUUCUACGGAGGCGUACGCGAAGGUGCUUGCUGCAUCUUCGGGUGCCGCAACGAAGUUUCAACCGUUGAAUCUUAAUAACGAGGGGGUUUCUGGUCCAACAUUUAAGGCGGUGGUGGUGGGACAGUAUGCCAUGGAUGCUGCCGUGCAGUGUACGCGUGGGAUGGCGACGGGUUGCAGUCGCUUGGCGAAUAUGUGUGUGCUGAUGACGUAUGACAUGAAUUCCUUGCCUUGUAGGCUGUACCUUUCACUCCUCGCCGAUCGCGCCUUGCACCGCCGUCUCCCGCAGCUUUUUUACGGUAACAAUUCCGUCAUCUCCAGCGAUGACGGUGACGACCAUAACGGGGCCCCACCGGCGACAUGGAAGGCCACGAAGGCCGGUGGCGUGAUAACUCUUCUUGUUGCCGUGCAUGAUUGGCGUGGGAAUCAAAAGGGGAUUAUCCACUUCGCCAAGGUGUUCAACCCAUGUGAUACUUCGAACGCAGCCAUGUCGAGCAUGUUGAAGCUCGGUUCCAACCGCAGGCAUCAGUGUCUUCUUGAUUGGAAUCUCCUUUUAAGUAACGCCGGUCCUACAGAUUUUUUCGAGCUCUUUAUGGUCGACCCCGCCAACACGUCACACCUCGUGCCGCUCCCUGUGGCGAUGGAUUACACCAGUAACGACAUCCACCCCUGGCACCUCCACGAUGAGUCGCUACGGCGUGCCAUGGCAGGUGGCUUCCGACGACGAUUUUACAUUUAUGAUACGUUUACUGAUUGCAAGCUCGGACUCCAGCAAAAACCUGUGAUAACGUCUUGUUACGUCACGGCUCUGCGGCGUGCGGUGUUUGUUUUUAACAUGACUGAUUCUCUGAGGCACCCCUGGCCUUUGAAGCCAAUCAUCAUUUUUCAAUAUGCAUCUGGCAUGAAGUAUGUUGAUGCGCAGUUGACGGGGGCCGUCGCAAAAGUUGCGGUAGAGGGAGGUGUAUCUGUGCUCUUCUUGACAAAUGAGAACUCUGUGGAUAUGGGGCUGAUGAUUACUAUGAUUGUGCUGUGUCUGGUGUGCUUUUUUUCUUCCUGGAUACGCACGUAUGGGUGGAUGCGGCGUCGACAGAACCUGAUGCUUAGCGUCGGUGCAGUUAUUCGCUUCCUGGUGUAUUUUUGUAACCAUAUUGGCAACACGUUUGCCUUCGUCGUGGCGUUGGCAUCGUGGUACAUACUUGUCGCGUAUAGAUCGCAGGCGAACGCGUCGGCCUUUGUUGUGAAGGAGAAGUACUUGUACCUAGAGGCCAUGUUGUUCACCGCCGCCGUGACGAAAGGUGUCGCUAUUGUCUACCGCAUCGUCGAGCAAUGCAACGCGGAUUACUUUGUCAUUGACUGGGAACGAAGUAAAGGGCAGCUAUUACGUGAGAAUCGUAUUUUGCCCGUCAGCAUGUGGCGUUCGACGUUUGUUGCAAACGAAUUGAAUGAACUUCAGACCCUUCGCCAAUGGCGGCCGUUGCUCAGUAUGUCGAUUGUCUUGCUUUUCCUCGAGGGGCUGGGUUACUUGAGCUACACGGAGAGCCUUCCCGCGGCGGCAGCGGCAGCGACAGCGGAGAAGGUAGGCGUCUACUCUCUCACCGCACUGCGAAUAGCGGCAGGCACGUUCUUUUGGGUUUCUGUUUGUCUCGUGCUAAACAUUCUUGAGUUUCAGGUUUACUACCGCUUUUUCCGUCAGCAUCCCCUGCGGGCGUUUGUAGACCUCUGCUUCGUGUCGAACAUCUCCAUUAUGAUUCUGCCCGAGUCCCAGUGGGGGUAUUACAUCCACGGCGAGUCUAUCCAUGCUCACUCCGAUGUAAGUAUGGAGGAGUUUCAGCAGAAUUUGCAUCUUGAGUCUCAAGGCAACCUACCAGUGCGUGGCCUUGGCGGACAGAGCAAGUGUCAGACGUUUGAGGUUUUUAUGGGUAUCUACAUGCGUCAGUACCUCUACAUGUGCUACGCGGAGAUCGAGGCAGAGCACCAACGAUCACUAGGGAAGGCAUCAGCCCCGAUUCGGCCGGGCCGUAGAUGGCACUUCUUAGAAGGCGUUAUUGGGUUUUCCCGUAAGUCACGUGUGUAUGACACAGAGACCUUGGCGGUUAAAAAACGCAUCAACACCGUACUGCAGCAGAGCGUUAGAAGUGCUGAGGGGACAUUGCUCAUGAAGUUCAUUCUUCAUCGUCUGUUUGACGUGGCACCCAAUAUCCUCUACAUGAACGGUCCGCAGUCGGGUGACAGGUCGGGUAAGGACCUUUUCUUUGUAGACGACGUACUUGCCUACGGCAAUGCAUUUCUGUACGGCCUCGACCCGGACUUGGUUGUCUGGUACGCGCUCCUGUACACCUCCUUUGACGCCAUCUUGCAUAAUGUGUGGGAGGCGCUUGUCAUCACGUUUUUGGUGGAGUUUGUUGUGCGUUGGUACCGCAUGAGAGCAGGCGUGGCGAACAUCAGUUCAAAGACCCUCAUAGACGAUCGUUUCUUCCUGUAA